AUGAAGCAAGCGAAGCACUCUCUUGCUUUGGCUCUCGCCGGCUUCAUUACCAGUGCUUCCACGUCUCCCACUGCUCCUGUCCCUGUUCCUGCCCCUUGCGCCCUGAUUCGCGACGCCCAGGUUGCAGGCAACAAAACUGUCUCUGCCAAGCUCGCGUAUGACUGCUUAACCUCUGUUCCUCUCGGAAAGAAGCAAGCUCUUGAUCUGGUCGACUCGCUCGAGCCCUACCUUGAGUGGCAAUCUGACCCUACCUACCUUGCCCACCCGCCGGCCUGGUACGAAUACCCUGCGUAUGACUUGUUCGAGGGUCUCAAAACUGUUCGCAAGAACCUCGUUGAUAACAACUAUGCCAACGAAUAUGCUUUCCAUGCCGACCUUAACCUGAAGGUCUUCCUCCCCGCCCACGAUGGCCACCUUGCCUAUUUUUCUGACCUUUUGACCAACGGCACUAGAUUUGGUCGUCCAGAAGGUCUCGUUUCCAUCUCACUCAACGGGUCAUCCAUUCCCGUCAUCAUGCUUAAGGAUGAGGCAAUCAGCCAAGGCAAUCAAGCUAGGGUUAUUACCAAAAUCAAUGGCCUUGAAGCUCAUACCUUCCUUGAGAACGAGGCAGCCAUUGGCUGCGGCUCACAAGAUGCGGAUGCCUGCUACAACGAGCAGUUCUUCCAGCUCGCGCAGGCCGUCGCCCAUACACCGCUCGGUAACCAUGCCCGUGGCGGCCGCAGCUUGCUUGUCUACCAGGGGCCCAACACUACCUACACUUUUGCAGAUGGUACCAACCAUACCGUGGACAACAUUGCCACCAUUGUGGGCGAUUUUACCUCGGUGAAAGAUGGUAAAUCCUUCUAUGAUACUUUUUGCACUCCUGCCCCUCCACCACAGAACAAUGAAGCUCCAGGUGUUGCUGUUCACGGCGCCAUCCCAGGGUACCCUACCCCAGUCCUCAUGGCCUCAGACGGUGUUGUGGCUGGCUUCUACCUUGAUGGCGCAGGAUAUGAAGAUGUUGCUGUCAUCACCCUUCUCUCGUUUGAGAGUCGCAGCUCGUACGAAUUCCAAGCUGUUGUGCAAAGCUUUCUGGCCAAGGCCCGCGCUGACGGCAAGACCAAGCUCAUUGUUGACUUCCAAGCCAACGGCGGUGGUAGCAUCGUGCUUGGCUACGACUUUUUCAAACAGCUUUUCCCUGACAUUGAGCCUGAUGGCUACUCGCGCUGGCGCCUCAAUGGCGGUUUCCUCGGCCUUGCACGCUCGCUCUCCAGCAACCCUUUCGCAGGCCAGCCUUGGUUCCGCUGGCAGGACGACCUAAACAUUACCAAUCUUCCCUUCACCAGCUUCAAGGAUAAGUUCGGUCCCGUGGCAAUUAACAACGACGCUUACACCAACAUCAUGCGCUGGGACCUCAACCACACUUCCCUCGGGCUUGAAGUCACUGGCUACGGCAACCGCAUCGAUUUUGUGUCGCCUUUCAAGGCACAAGACAUCGUCCUUCUAUACGACGGUUUCUGUGCAUCGACCUGCACCCUGGCGUCUGAAAUGUUGCGUAUUCAAGGUGGUGUAAAGUCUAUUGCCGUAGGAGGUCGUCCCAACACCAGAGGUAUGCAGGGCGUUGGAGGUACCAAAGGUUCUCAAGCUCUCGAUAUCGCGGAUAUCUACAGCUUCACCAGCAGCACUGACGGCAUCAACAAAGGAGAUCGAAAGGAAUUCGCCCGCUACACGCCCCUGGCUAUGCAGCGUGCCCGCGGUGCAGGUCUCAAUGCCCGCGACCAGAUUCUUCGUGGCAACGUCGAGGAUGGCUUGCCUGCCCAGUUUGUCUAUGAAGAGGCUGACUGCCGCCUGUUCUGGACACAGGAUAUGCUCACCAACAUGACUUCCAUCUGGAAAGCAGCCGCCUCCGCUGCCUUCCACAACGGCCAUUGCGUCGAGGGAGGCAUUGUUUACCACAAUGCUACUGCCAACACUACUGCUCCGGGUAGCUCCGUCAACAAGGCUAAAUACACUAUCCGCCCUGGCACCAACAUCCUCGAGGGCACAUUCCCCAAUGAUGAUCGUACCCCCGAGUUCUUGGCUACUUAUAUUAACAAGAUUAUUAUGUAG